GCUCUGCUGCACGGUACAGGUGUGUCUCUUACCUACGUCACGCAAUAAUAAGGAAGUAGCGGCCAAACAAAAACAGCACGCGUUCAGGUGUUUCAGUCUCUUUUAAAAAAUAUAUAUAAAUUAGUAGUUUUUAUCCUCUUGAUCCUUGAUGAAGGAGCUCCAUGGAGAGAUACUCACUCCACAAAGUCAUCGGUGAAGGGUCAUUCGGCCGGGCUUUGUUAGUCCGGUGUAAAAGCACCCAGGAGAAGUAUGUGGUCAAAGAAAUCCAGCUGCCAAAGAAUAAGUCCAAACUGGAGAACUCGAGGAGAGAGGCAGUCCUGCUGUCCAGAAUGAAACAUCCUAAUAUCGUGGCCUUCAGGGAGGCAUUUGAAGCUGAUGACCUCCUGUGUAUUGUUAUGGAGUACUGCAGCGGUGGAGACCUGCUCCAGAGGAUACGCCAACAGAAAACGACACAGUUCUGCGUCGAUGAUGUCUUGAGGUGGUUUGCUCAAAUGUGUGCCGCCGCAAAGUAUAUCCAUGAUAAACGGGUUUUGCACAGAGAUCUGAAGUCCAAGAACAUUUUCCUGACAGAUAAUGGGACAAUCAAGCUCGGGGACUUUGGUUCAGCAUGUGUUCUGAACAGCUCGAAGGCUUACGCUCAUGCAUAUGUUGGGACGCCGUAUUAUGUGGCUCCAGAAAUUUGGGACAACAAGCCAUACAACAAUAAGAGUGAUGUGUGGUCUCUGGGCUGCGUUCUCUACGAGCUCUGCACCCUGCGACACCCGUUCCAGGCGUCCAGCUGGAAGAGCCUGAUUCUUAAGGUGUGUCGGGGUGCGUACCCUCCCCUCCCCAAUUAUCUGCCCUAUGAGCUGCAGUAUUUGGUCAAGCAGAUGUUCAAGACAAACCCAAAAGACAGGCCAUCGUUGCAUACCAUCCUGACCUGUCACCGGGUUUCCAAACUCCUGCGAACACAUCUGCCCUGCCAGGCGAUUGAGACGGAGGAACGGGGCAGGCGCCCGGGUCGAUGGAACAGAGAAGAGGGGAUGAAGGUGGCUGAUCUUCUGGGAGAGAAGAGUUUAAUAAAAACAUCGACAUUUGAAGGUGUGGAGUUACCUGAAGCCUGCUGUGAAAGCAGAGAGCCGGGUCCUCGAAAGCAGUGGGCGACUGAGCCGUCGGACACUGUGAUGCAGAUGUUAGCCAACGCAAGCCUCAUCUCAAAUGACAGCAUGGCAUCAGACAGCCGGCCCCUCGCUGGCUCUACUCAUGGAAGUGUGUCAGCGGGGCAGAAGGACGGCAGGCAGAGGAGGCGAUGGGACAAGGAUCCUCCUGAGAGGCUUCUGAAUAUGUUGGAGAAGGCCCAGCUGCAAAGAGCCUUCAGCACCUUUUUAAUAAACAAAGGAGGCGAUGACCCACUGGUGGGACCCCUCUCCCAGCCACAGGGUGACGACACAGACGGCCCUGAGCCGGAAGUGGCCGUAGAUGAGGACCGGCUUCAGCCUCGCUCUGAUGAUGAAGACACAGACUUUGAGGAAGAACACCCAAGUGACUGGAUAGAUGAACUUGACAAAAUGUUUUCGGAACACUAAAGCCUCCCUCAGCGGAUACUAUCACAAAGCUGUCCUUGUGUUUACAUUAGCUGAAAACACAAACUGUGUGCAUAUGCCAAAAAUCAUUUAACUUGAUGUAUAUAAGACCAGGCAUUGCUGGUUUUAAAUGAGGAGUAAUUUAUAUCAUGUAUAGCAGGUUAUGUACAAGUUUACAAAAAUCCAGUUAAGCUCUGACAAAGUUUUUUUUAUGAAAUAUGAAACACAUUUCAACUGAAUAUUGUUCAACUAGUUGUCAUAAAACCUUUUUUUCUUUACAUCAAGAUGCUUGUGAUGUGUCUGUGUGCUCUGUCUCUUAUUUGAUGUGAACAUCUGCUGGGCACCGUUCAGGUUACCAGUGAUAACAUUCCCAGCAGAUGGAAGCCGUCUGGAAGCUUCUGUUUGGCUUGUCGGGAAAGCAGGAAAUAUUAGACUCGGAGCAGCAGGGUCUCUGUGGGGUCACACGAUUUUGAGCCUGCCCGCACUGUUUGAUAUCUGUUUCCUCUGCAAUAUCAAAAGUAGACUAAACAUGGUCUGUCAUUGGUAUUCUUUGUGUUUUAUUCCUCUUGGUUAGACAUGAUGUGUUGUCUUUAAUUUACUGUGACCACAACAGUGCAGACACAGAGAUGACAGUGCUGCUCUUUGCUGAUUAUGCGCCACUAGGUGGAGUUGAAAUCACUGUUAUGAAGCUUUUUGUAGAAAGGAGUGAAAAUCUGGUUCAGUUAUCAUUAAACCUGUUGAAAUCCUCCAGAAUGUAGUCAUAAAUCCUCCCUUCUACCCUCCACUUAUAUGUGAAUUUAAGGGACUACGUUCUUGGGUUUUUGGUAGCCAUCAGAGCAUAAAGACAUCUAACGUAAGAGAACAAGUAGAGCCUGUUACUCCCUUUGUUUUGCCAAUUAAAAGCUCUGCAGCGUAGAAUAAAAGCACACAAUAGCUUAAUCACAUCUGGCAACAGUAAAACAAAAGCUGAGCCUCGCCCAUGACAGUUCGGGCUUAACAGGAUAUAGAUACUAGACCCUUGAGUCAACAAAACCAUAAUGAUGCUGAUUCACCAACAGCCACACCACGGAUGGAUUAUCCAGCUGCCAAGGUUCCUUUCCCAUUGGCUGACAAGAGGACUCGACUAUAUGAGAGUCUCUUGCCAGAUAUCUGCUCAUGAUGUGUUUUAUUGAGGAAGCCUGGGGCUGCAGCUUGUCCCUUAUCUCGAAGCCACACUGAAUCCCCCCUCCAGGGCUCACACACUAUAGUCCCCUGCCUGUCCCAUGUUUCCCCUUGUACCUCCAAAGAUGUCCGUGUUUAGCAAAGAUACAGAUGAAGUGGUGUAGCACAGAAGAGCUGCAACACUGCGAUGCUGUGUGUCCUGCAGAUAGGAGGGUCUCCCAUCAGUGUCCAUGACGAGCUAGACAGCAUCUGUGUAGCUCAGGCAUCUAAUAUGAACUGAGGGGUCUGGGGUGUGUGAGUGGGGUAUACAAAGAAGUGUUAUUAAGGGCUGUAAUAGUUCAUUUAUUGAAGCUCAGUACUCGGGACACAGCUUUGAGUAUCAAAAAGUGUCAAGUUGGCAAAGAAAAUGCUCGGUCAGAUUCUGAGGUUUGUUUGCUUCUUCUUUGUUCAUAUAUUUCCUGAUGUAAAUCAGGAAACCUUUGUAAUGUUCCACUGCAUUUUAUUUAGGUGAAAGGUUGUUGUUGUUUUAAAUUUAAGCCUGUUGUUUUGAGCAUUUAAAAAAUAUAUAUUUAAAGCAUGUUUAUGUUCCCCAAACUUACUGCACCAAUAUGCAAAAUGCUUAUAUCUAAUAGCCCUAAAUACUGGUAAGAGCUCUAAAGAGUUUGGUCUACAUGUAAUAUUGACAUUGGAAGUCUGACAUAAGACUUGUUGUCCUAGAAGGAGUAACCCUGUGCAAGCAGGCAAACGGCAGCUGAGGUCGAGGAGCUCGUAA